AUGAAACUUUACUUGCUGCUACUUUCGGUAUCUGUCUGUGUGUGUGUGCUUUAUCAACUCUCUGAGAUCAAUAUCUCUAGCAGCUUCCAGAGUUCAUCCCCCUUGGCUACUGGAAAGUCAAGUACUCUGAAGCAAAAUUUUAGAGCUGUCAGUAAGCAAUAUAUACCAACUAUAUUAGCAGUUAGUUUUCUACGGUUAUUUUUCGACAUUGAAGGCUUGGCGGAGGAUGUGUCAUUUGUAGCUUUAACGUCAUUGUCGUGGUACAAACUGACAUUUACCCAUGAAAAAUCCAACAGCAUAAGCAAGAUAAGUGAUACAAACGUGUCAUUUUACUUUAGUCAUUGUGGGGUCGGGUUUCCUACAGCGACAAUGCUUAGAUCUGUGCAACUUAACCCCGAUUGUAAUACAGAGGUCUCUAUCAAUGGAAUGAUGAUUAGGCUUCUCAAUGAAUAG